CAUGUGCUAUAAAUGUAACGUUACAAUUAUUCGAUUUGCAACUAAAAAUAUACAAAUGGUUAAUAAUCACAGACUUUUACUUUCCUGUUCUAUAGUUAUUCUUAUAUUUGUCUAAUCUCUUCGCAGCGGCAAAUAAACGGUUACGAAAAUCCACGAAAUAGUUUCGCGCUGGAUCUCUAUAUUUUUGUUCCAUAUUUGGAUUUUAUUAGAUUAGAAUAGUAACCUAUUUGGCAAAAGAAAAGGAGCAUGGGUAACGGAGGCGGUGGCGGUUAUGGCGGCUACGGAAGAGGGGGCGGCGGUGGUGGUGGUGGCGGCGGUGGGUUGGGAGCCGGAAGUGGCGGCAGAGGAGGGAGCUACGGUAGAAACGGCCAGGAUGGAGAGGAUGGGUUUUUGUUUGGAGCUGGGGGCGGAGGGGGAGGCGGGGGUGCCGGCGGGGGACGAGGCGGAAGAGGAGGACGCGGCGGCAUUUUCGGCGCUAACGGCAAGGAUGGGAAGAAUGGAAACUGACCCAUGGACUUUGACCGCACUGACGUUUGUGUACAUUUCAUUAAGUUAUUGACCUAAAUUAUAUAAUGCACAUUUCUGAGACAUUUUGAAAAACUUAAAAAAUUGCCGCUACUUAAGUUUUUAUACGAACUUGGUUUCGGUUUUAAAUGUAUUAUAUGAUACAUAGUGUUGUAAAUUUUAGUAAAUGAACUCAAUUUAGACUGCUUUGUUUGAUGCCAUCGGGGCAUGGUGGACAUUUGUUAUCAGAACAGGAUACCAUGUGGUCAUCAUUUCAUAAUAAAGACUAGUCUGGUGUGUUGCUCUGCAAACUCUGCAGGUCAAAUAUUUCAACAGUUGCGAUAAUAAAUAUCAAUUAAAUGUUAGGUCCUAUCAGUGUCUUUUCACACAUCCAAAUAUGGGAGGGUGGGAAGAUUUGUAUGAAAAGCCAGGUUCUGUGAGGGAGCUGGCGGAGAGUAGAAUUGAAUGUAGAGAUGGAAAGAUACUAGUAGUAUGAGAUAGAGUUGGUGGCAGUUUGAUUAAGAAUGGAUUUUACCUAGAUUGUGAAGACAGUUAACAAAUAAACAUUAUUGGUGUAUCUAUGUAUUUUCGUAGUGUGUAAAUAAAAUGUAGAGUACAUA